GUCGCGAGCUUUAUCCUAAGGCACGCAAUAUCGGACGUGGCAUUUCCAUCGAUGAUCCUCUCCUCGCCCACCACCCAUUCAAGCCCAAGCGUCGUUACCCCUGGCCCCGUCUGCAUCGUCUCGCACGAGUUCCCAUUUUCACCAAACCGACGCUUGUGGCUGUGGCGACACCAAAGAACCACCGAAUCGCUCCCUACCCACGACGAGAUUGGUCGUACCCACUUCUUGUUCCGGGCCAAGGCCUCGAAAUUCAUCGCCUCCGCCGGCCGUCGGAGCUGUUUCGGAGAUGGUGGGUGGCGGUGGGAGUGUUUAUUGGGGUGCUAGAGGGAGUGGGUUCAGAGGGGUCGUGGUGAUUUUCGCCUGGGUCUCGAUUCAGGAGAGGCAUCUGAGGAGCUACGUGGAGCUGUAUGCCUCUCUUGGGUGGAAUUCCCUCGUUUGUCAUGCCGGGUUCUUGAACGCGUUUGCUUCUGAGAAGGCAAUGUCAAUGGCAAUUUUUGUUCUCAAUGAGCUUCUCAAGGAGCUACAAAUUAAGCCAUGUCCUGUAGUCUUUGCAGCUUUUUCUGCGGGUUCAAAGGCCUGUAUGAGCAAGGUUUUUCAGAUCAUCGAGAGACCAUGUGAGAGUCAGCUGAAUUGGGACAAAUAUGGAUUGGUGAGAAACUGUGUUUCUGGGCACAUAUUUGAUUCCGGUCCAGUAGAUUUUACCAGUGAUUUUGGUUCUCGGUUUACUCUGCCUUCUACCAUCCUAAAAAGGCCUGUACCAGCAAAAGUCGCCUCUUUGAUAGUCAAAGGUGUUUCCUCUGGUCUAGAUGCUCUGUAUCUUACCAGGUUUGGAGCCCAGCGUGCUGAGUAUUGGCAAAACUUGCAUUCUUCAGUUUGCAUUGGAGCUCCAUAUCUCAUUUUAUGCUCAGAAGAUGACAACCUUGCUCCUUAUCAAACGAUCUUCACCUUUGCCGAGGAUUUACGAGGUUCUGGUGCAGAUGUUAAGCUUGUGAAGCUACGUGGCUCCUCUCACAAUGGUCAUUAUAAGCAUUAUCCAAUCCAAUAUCGUGCCGCCAUAGCCAGUUUGUUUGCAAAGGCGGCUUCCAUAUUUUCCCAACGAUUCCAGCGACUCGAGGAAGAGAGAACUAGAAUGGGGAGCAAGUACGACGAGAUCUCGGAGUUGAUAUGUGACCUCCAAAAUGCAGCUGUGAACUCCAACCAGAGCCUAAGAAGGGUUGCCACAGGACCCAGUGACCAUUUCUUCCUGCCAAGUUCAGUGAACGACGGUUAUGCAGCCUCUGGGUCCUCCGACAAUGAGCGAAAAGAGUCCUCCAAUCUUGCACAGAAUGCCCCGGGGAUCAGCGCGCACAGCAUAUUGGGCCAGAUGCUGUUCGACAUUUGCGUACCCAAGAACGUGGAGGGUUGGGACAUUAAGUUUUCUGGUUCUUUGAAUGGACAACCAUAUGCUUGUGCUCGGAAGCUGUCACCAUCUCGUGAUAUCAAAUCCAUACGCAGGUCAAGAUUGUAACGUAAGGUACAGUCAGGGGCCUCGGGAACAUUUGCUGAAAAUUUUGCAUGACUUUGCUGGAAAUUCUGUGAGAAAACUGGCGAGAUCGUCCGCUACGGAAAGCUCGGCAUGACAUCUUGUGAAACCAAAGGUAUUGUGGAUAUAAAGGCUGAUGCUUGGUAAUUCUCUGGCAUGAAGUGUACAGAAAAGCAUGACAGAAUGGAUCUUACAUAGACAAGUCCAAUCCAUGUAAGAAUGAUCGUGUUCCUCAUCGACUAUAUAAGAUGCGUGUGACUGUGUGGUCCACUGAAGUGUGAAAUAGCAGUAUAGACGAUUCUCGUUACUAGCGACGGGUACUACGGGAUCACUGCUGAUGGUUUGAAGGAGAUUCGGCUGUACUAGUGUAAAUAGAGAUGUGUAGAGGCGUUGGAUUCACAUAUAAAUAACUGUUUUCUUGUGACCAAGAAUGGCUAUGAUUUACAGUUUUUCGAGUUAUCAAGUGUGUAUCGGCUGUGUAGAGGUGUUGAUUCACAUGUAAAUGACCACUUCUUGUGACCGAGUAUGCGUAUGAAAUACAGUUUUUCGAGUCA